CGGUGGUGGGGCUGAGUUGGAGGGCAGCUGCUGCGGCGGGUGGCAGCUGGGCUCCAGAAGCAACAGGGGCGGUAGAGCUCUCCCGCGGCUGCCAACCCAGAGUGCGGCCCGGACACACACAGCCCUGCCAGUGCCCUGAGCCCUGGCGCAGCCCCCAAGGGCGGCCCUGGCAGCACUAGGCGAGAGAGGCGAGGGCGCUGAGGAGGGCUCCUGACACAGCAGCCGCUGCGAGUUGGGAAGGGACGGAUUGCCACCCUCCUGCAGCAAUUUCCCUGUGUCAUGGCUCCCGUCUCCUAGCAACAGCAAUGGGUCCGGCCAGCCGCAGCUUCACGGAAGCAUUCAGGAGCUGGAGCCGUGGCGUCAAAUCAGCAGCCCCUCCAGCGGGCAGCAGGAGCGAGCCGCGAGAGCAGCAGCAGCAGCAGCAGCCACAACAAUAACAAGAGCCAGGCAGGAGGGAGAGGAGAGGAGAGCCGCGGAGGGUGCCCCUGGCUGGCAGAAGGGCGAGCGCCGCCGAAGCGGGGAAGGAUGCCGGCUGCUGGAGCAGGAGCUGCUGCCGCCGCCGCCGCCGCCGCCCUUGGGAGCAACUCCUCCUUGCCAUGGCUGGCUUCGGUGGAUCCGAGGAGGCUGCCCAUUGCCAUACAGUCGCCCCACUCCCUGGGAUUUAUAUAAGCAAGUGGCCGCGUUAAGGAGCCGGCGCGGUGGAGGCGGCGGGCUGGUGGUGUGUCUUUGCCAAGGUGUCCACUUGGGCUGCAAAGUUUCUCUCCAUGGUUUCUCUCUCGGGUCUGUGGAACUUGCCUACGGCUCUGACGUCCUCCGAUCUUCCCUGGAGCCGGAGCUGCUGUCAGGAACAGUGUCCAGGCUAGCCAGCCAUGAUUGCUACUGGAGGCCUCUUGAGGAUCUCAGCCAGGAAACAGGACCCCCUGCGGCCUCAGAGCCAAGUGCCCAAACGCAAGCGCAAAGCCAAAAAGAAACGCAAGAACGACGUGGUGGUGGUGAAGGGCAAGCUCAAACUCUGCUCCGUCUCAGGCCUCAUUGCUCUCUGCGGCAUCCUGGUGCUGCUAGUGGGGAUUGCUUUGGCAGUUGUGGGCUACUGGCCCAAGCCUCUUUACUGGGCAGGGAGCUUUGGGGGCCGCCAGUUCUUGUCACCGCACAGUGGUGCUGCCAAAUACCACUCCAGGAACCAGACAGAAGAUCCAGCGAACUCUCACCUGGAAGGCUCAGAAACCAAUAUAUCCUUCAUUAGCAACAAGAAAGGUCUCCCGCAUUCCUCACCUGCCCCCUCGCCCUCCUCCACCUCAGCAAGUUUCCUCUUUCAGAUUUUCUCUCAGUAUUUGCAUUCAGACAAGCUGAAAGUGCUUGGACCUCUCAUCAUGGGCAUUGGCAUCUUUCUUUUCAUUUGCGCCAAUGCGGUGCUCCAUGAGAAUCGUGACAAGAAGACCAAGAUUAUAAACCUGAGGGACCUCUACUCCACAGUCAUAGAUGCACACAGCCUUCGGACCAAGGAUGGGGCCCCCUCGGCUGCUCUUGCCCCGGUUCCCAUCAAUGGCUUUGUAAACUAUGUACAAUCUCGGGGGCUGGAGCUGAAACCUGGUGGUGGCUCUGGAGAAGCCUUAGGGGCCGGUGCCAUGAUCACCAAGAGCGCCUGGCACCCAGCUGCGGGGGCCUCCCUGUCCCCCCCUGAAUUGGCUUCAUCGCCACGCUGUUCCUCCUUUUCUUCAUCUAGGCAGCCACAGCCACCCAGCUUGGCAGAAGCUGUGUACAGCAUCUAUCGGGAGAGAGCUACCUUGGCCAGAACUGCUUGCAGCCCCCCUUUUAGCCCCCCGGAGAGCUGGGAUCAACAUAGCACUGCCAGUUCCAUUGUGGGCUCCUCACUCAGCGCCUUCACUUUGCUGCCACUGGCGCAGGGGGAGGCAACCGAUGGAGCCUGCUGUGGCUGGAGGAGGCCACUGGGGGAACGAGGGGCCAGGGAGAUUCCACGGGGAGAAUUCAAGCUCAGCCUGACUGAUCUCAGGAGCGGCUAUGUGGAGACAGGGCAAGGCCAUCCGGUACUGCCUGGCACGGGCAAGCACAAGCCGGUCCUUAGACGUCAGAGCACAAGCUGCCUCCCUGAUGCCAGGAGAUCCCUUUCCCCCGAACUUUCUCAGACUCUGGACAGUAGCACAGACCUCGACUCCAGUCUUCUAGUCAAGGCUUCUUCUUCCAGCUACUCCAAAUCUCUAGAUCUGGGGGACUCUCCCCCUCCUACGCCACCUGCGGGUAGGAGAGAUUCCCAGAGUUCUCAAUGUGAUCAGUACAGAAGCAAUAAGGGCUACACUCCUCUGGAGGAGACAGGCACCUCUUUGGAAUCUAUUGCCAACACCCCAGCCCAUAAAACCCAGGACUGUGGUGUGCAUCUCGGUGGGGAAACAGGCCCCUCAGAGGGUACCAGCAAAGAACAAACUGAGCAGCCACCUUUGAAAAUUCAGAGACAAUAUACAAAUAAAGAGAAACUGUUCAUGAUCUCCAGAUCAGAUGCCACUGCUGGGCUCUAAGAAGGAGAUCUGGAGAACACCGGCAUUUAAACAGAGUAAUAAAAUGGAGACAAGCAUCAGAACAACUUGUAAUCCUUCUGCCCCCUUGUGGAUCUAUGGAACUGGUCAAUAUCCAAAGAGAUGAAGUAUAUUAUUCUUAAAUUGCAUUCAAUAAAUUCCCAUCAAUAUCUGCAGGGGGGGGAAAUAACACAAAACAGCAGUUUGUUUUCUUCAAUUGUGAUGCUGUAUUCCAUGCAAGCCAAAUUCUAUUGCACUUCAACAGCCCUGUAUUUUUUUUUUAUCAAAGGAGUAGAAUUUUUUGAUAAUAAUAGAGCACUUUACUGAUUUUUAAUUCCAGUUGUCCCUUCUUCUCUCAAGCCUUUUGCCAUGGCGCUAACUGCACACUCUUUUUCUGAAUUCAGGUAGAGGUAAUUUUCAACUCAGCAAAACUGAGCUCUCUCCCUCUUUUUAAUGUUUGUUUAGAACAUAGUAACACUUUGCAGGGAUCGACAGAUGAAUUAUUGUGGCAAACUUUAAAAAUACAGCUUUAAUUUCAGUACAGGUGUCUGCUGAGGAAAGACUGGAGAUAGAUAAAGCUGUGGCCCACUAGCUCAAGUGCUCCAUUCCUAAAUUCAAUGAGUGAUUACUUUAUUAAAUAUGACUGCACAGGUUGAAACAAAUAGCAUUAAUAAUCUUUUUUAAAAAAUUAAAUAAAAUAUGUUUACAAUGACAAAGUACAUUUAGGGAGUUCUUCAUUGCUUACUAAAUUCUUAUAUGUGAAAUAAGGCUUGUUUCCAGUGUAAAAGCAAAAAGGACAAAAUCCUCAUUUUUAAAAAAACAGUAGAACAGUCAAAUGUAUUGAAUUAAUUAGUGCAAUGGCAAAAGUCACUUAAAAGAAGGAAAACUCUGCAAAUGACUGGAAUGAACUAAGGCUGCAAUCCUAAGCAAACCUAUUAGAAAGAAAGGCUGUUCACACAAGAAAACCUACCCAGGCUUGGGCAGUCUUACCUGGGUAGGGCUGAACGUGUGGUACUGGGAUUGAGACUGAUCGUGGCACUGCCCUCCCGGGUAGCCUGGUUUUUUUUACCCUACCAAUUACUUGGGUAGAAGAGCUGCACACAGCCCGAGCAUGCACAGAUCCGGGUGCCUUGAGUAACCAACUUACAAGGGAAUCUCCCAGUGCAUGACACUAAUCGUCUGAUGUAUUGUGGGAUAUCUGGAGCCUGGGAUGCAUUUUCCCGGCCUCUCAAACACUGUGCGGCUCAUGGAAGUGCUGGGCAUGUAGGUGCACGAGCUGUAUGGCCAGGGACCAUGCCGGAUUGUCUGGGCAGAAGAUAGGUGCUAUCCUGCCCUAUCCUCACCCUCCCUGCACUCUUGGUGGUCAUGUGAACAACCUCAGAAAGUCCCAUCAAACUUGGAGGGCCUUACUUCUGAAUAAACCUGUUUAGGAUUGCACUGUAAUUAAGUCCUCUUCACUCAGUGCCAGGAGAAGUGUGUGGGAUAGCCUCACUUUGACAGGCUCUGUAUUGCUGCUGCGCACCACCACCACCCCACUCCACAGAUACAGAGUUUGGAGAGAUAAAUGCUCUCUAAUAAAGAGAUCCUCACCAUGACUCAAAAUGCUGGGUGACCAGUAUCCUCAGUCAUGGGGAGGAUCUCUCCCCAAACCCAGAUUUCCCAGAUCUCUGCAGACAAUGCUGAAUCCCUGGAGGAUGAAGGGUAUGGUUAAAAGUGUGUCAACAUAUGGAGAGGGGGGCAGGGAGAUAGUUGGCACAAUACUGUUGACUUUGUAACCAUGGGUUACAUAAUGAGGGUCAGGGCUUUAGUUAAAAGGACAUGACCUGAUCCAGGCAAAGUGAAGCACUUUUAAGUCCCAUUAAUUAAAAUGGGAGAGAAAAUUUAGCAUGGUCUUAACAGUCCUUAUUAAAUAAACAAAACUGAAGCAUGCUUAAUUUUAAUAAAGCUUGUGUUUAGGAUUAUAGCCUUGUGCAUUGAUUCUAAAGUUGGAAAUAACCCACUGAAAUAAAGUAGUUUUAAUUCCAAACCAUUUGUUUAGGGCCAGGGUAAAAGUUGGGCAUGAUUCCCUCUUGACAUAUUGUAGUCAUCAUUAAAUUGUUUUAUUCUAUCAGUUUUAAGUGGUGCAUAACAAACUUUUUGACGUAGCCCCACUAUGCACCUUGCUUUCACAAGAGAUAUUCACCAAGUGAUGCUGAUGAGAUUACAUCAUCUUGUGAUGGCUUUAGCAUGUCAAAAGUGAACAUGGUAUUCAUGGGACUGAAUUGUCACAGUUAUAUCCAGUACCCAAUGGCAAUACUCAGUGCUUGUCACUUGAGGGUUUGCAGCUGAAUAUAUGAACUACUGCCAUUGGGAAAUUAUGGUCUGGUGUGAUGUGUGGCUACACUGAAGCUCUGUCUUUAGUGUUAAGUCUUACACACAUGCAAGCCCUCAUAUGAUGUUGCCAUCAUAAGGGGGUAAAUAUUAUUUAUGCAUGAAUUCAACCUUAGCUGAAGUUGAUCACAGGGCUCCUGGAGAAGGCAGAAGAGGAUAUACAACUGACCAUAACUAGUGGAAGGUCCAAGCCACGACCCAGUUAUUAUGAACUCUUUAGAUUGUAAACAGAUAUACUUGGAAGUAAGUUCUACUGAAAUGAAUGAAGUCAAUGUGUUUAGAUAGGCAGUGCCAGUUUAUAGGGGACUAGAUUGGCUUAAAUCCAAGUGCUUCAUGUUAACUUGAUUGUGGAUUGGACAGUAGUUUAAAAUUUGACUGGCAUUUAAUUUUUUCACUAAUAUAAAGGUUAUGAGCAAUAAUGUGCAAAUAAAAACACUUUUCUGGA